AUGGAGGACGAGGUGACGGUGGAGAGCGUCGCUGCGCCACACCUGGCGGGCCCGACGGGCUCGCCGCUCACCUUCCUCGGAGUGUACGACGGGCACGGAGGCAGGGCGUGCGCGCGGUUCGCCGCGGAGAAGCUGCACGCGGCGCUGCUCGCUGCGGAGGCGUUCGAGAGGGGGGCGGUGCUCCCCGCCCUGAGGGAGGCGUUCCUCCUCACCGACGACGCCUUCCGCCAGACCGAGGCCGACUCGGGCGCCUGCGCGCUCGUUGCGCUCAUCGUCGGCGGCCGCCUCUUUGUGGCGCACGUCGGCGACUCGCGCGCGGUGCUGUGUUCGGGGGCGGGCGGUGCGGCGGUGCGGCUGACCGAGGACCACAAGCCGGACGAGAGGGGCGAGCGGGCGCGCAUCGAGCGCGCGGGCGGCGAGGUUGUCUUUGGAGGCCGCUGCUGGCGCGUCACGCACCCGCGCACGCAAAUGAUGCUCGCGACGUCCCGCUCCCUCGGGGACAUCGCCUUCAAGCAGUCUUGGGAGCGGGCGGCCGCGGAGGCGAGGGAGGCGCCCCCGCCGCUCGGCGAGGGCAGCGCCGCGCCGGAGCUUCCGCAGCUGCUGCUCGCCGAGCCGACCGUUGCGGAGCGGCCUCUCUGCGCCGCAGACCGGUUCGUCAUCCUCGCGUGCGACGGCGUCUGGGACGUGCUGACCGACCAGCAGGCGUGCGACUGCGUGCGGAGCGCGCUGGCCGCGGAGAACGCGACUCCCACCGAGGCGGCCAAGAAGCUGGCGGGCGAGGCGUACGCCGCCGGCUCGACCGACAACAUCUCCGUGGUGGUUGCUGCCAUCCUGCCGUACUUGUGA